UAGGUAUGGUUUUUUUUCGUAGUGUAUGUAGGAUGUACUAUGUAAGUCGACCACGAUAAUUUUAUAGACCGAUCUUUAAUUAACUAGUUAUAAUCAAUCGCAGUAAUUAUGAUAAUCAAUACUUAUGAUUUAAAAGAAAUAUUUUUUAAUUUUCCGUAUGAAUUACUAAUGUUUAUAUACAUAAUGCAUUCGAUUCAAAUAUGGUGUGCCACCCGUCGGCAACAGCUGACGUUGACAGUUGACAGUAGCUUCUAGUUAUUAUGUCAGUGCUAUGGUAUGUUAUAAAUAAGUAUGUUUAGGUUAGAAUUUAGAAUAUAUAACGUUGAAGCCAAAAUAUUAUAACUGUUGUAUUUACUCAAAACCUUAUUCACUAAAUUAAGGAAAUAAAAUGCGAUGGCGUUUAAUAAAGGUUGGCGUUACGCAGCCUUUUUAGGAGGCUUUAUUGGAUUCAUUGGACUUACAUUGUACCCUAUAGCUGUGAGCCCUAUGAUGGACUCUUCCAAAUACAAAGAAAUCCAAAAGGAGACGCGCAAAAAUAUAAGGCAAGAGGAUAUACAGCCAGGCAAUAUGAAUGUUUGGACAGAUCCAUUUGAUCGAAAGAAACCAGAAACCACAAAAUGAGUAGCACUGUUGUAUAUAUACUUGUAAAUAUUAUGUUCUCUUAAUAAAUAAUAAUACUUGUUACAUAAAAACAUGAAAAUUUAUAUUUAAUUAUUAGAAGUAGGCAAUAAUAAAAAGU